AUGAGCAACAAUACCGCAGUUCUCCUGGUCGACCCCUACAAUGAUUUUCUCCAUCCCAACGGAAAGCUCUACGGCGUCCUUGAAGAAAGUCUCGCUCACACCGAAACCAUUCGUCACUUACAUCAACUCGUAUUUGAGGCCCGUGAGAAUAAGAUACCAAUGUUUUAUUGCCUUCAUCAGCGGACAAACGCCCACUCGUACAAUGACUGGCAGAUGAUGAAUAGGUCUCUAAGGACACUAGAGAAGAACAAGGUCUUCGAGGAAGGAUCUUUUGGAGUGCAAUUCUUCGAAGGGCUGGAGCCGGACGUGGGAAAUGGAGACGUGGUAGUUUCGAAGCAUUGGAAUAAUCUCCAUUAUCAGCUCCAGCAACGAGGAAUCCGUAACCUGGUGAUCGGUGGCCUCGUCGCAAAUACGUGCAUCGAGGCCACGGCACGCUACGCGUAUGAAUUGGGGUACAACCUGACAAUGCUAACAAAUGCGACUGCAGGUUUCAGUACGCGGCAGAAAGAUGCAGCGACAGAAUUGAUCUGGCCUUUGUUCGCUGAUAAGGUCAUCACAGUCCAAGAGUGGGCCAAAAGCAUCUCGUUUCAGCCAAAUAUGUGA